AUGGGCGAAGGAGACUCCGAGAAGAUCCGUGUCGUCAGCUUCUCCGUGAAGCCAGGCGCCUACCUCGUGAUCACUGGUGAAGAUGCAGAGGGGGAUUUCCAUGACACGGGCGGGUUCUGGGCGGACUGUGGCAGCGUCGCCCCGGGAUCGGAGCUCCAGAGCAGAUGGGAGCUCUACUGUAGCAACAGCAAGAUUGAUGUGGCUCACCGAGAAGGUGCCGGAGCAGGCUGGGUGAAGCCUGGCCCCAACAGCUACAAGGCGAAAGCCAAGCGUAUCUUCGGGGCAGACAAGGCCUCCAUUGGCUCAGAAGGAGCCCGCUAUUGCUCCUUCCGUAUGCUGCCCAAACCCGCGAUCAGCUUCCGAACUUUGCGCUCCAAAGGCCUUUUUGGUCAUGUCGAGCUGAACAUGGAGGAGUUCAACACGCGCUUCCGAGAUGCGGGCACCGGUAUCCUUCGGCGAGAGUGUCAGGACUGCGCUGACAGCCACAAGAAGAUUUACAUGAGGCGCAAGAAGGGCCUGGACACCUGGGACGCGUAUGGCGGAAUCGUGGCCACCUGGUCGGAGCAAGGACUCCACACGGACUUCGACUUGUACUCAACGCUGCAGGAUGCUCUGGACGAUCGGAACUCCUGGCUGAGAUGCGAUGGCGUCGGCCAGGACGUGGGCUUUCCCGGCAAUUGCGCGCCUGGUGAGGUGCCGACGGAGCCGCAGUGGACGUCCCUGUCGCCGGGGUCCGGACGCCAGAACUACGAGUACGCUGCCUACCAGGUCGGUGAACGGAACGUCAUGAACUUUGCUUUCCAUGGGGACGGCCUCUGCAGUGGCGUGCCGUUGCGCUCUGCUCUGGGCGUCGAAUCGGCGGAGGCCUGCCAGGAGCUCUGUGCUGAGGAGGAGGACUGCGUCUACGUUAGCCAUGGCGACCCAACAAGUUUGUCCUGCACGCAAUUUGGUGGGGCUGCCUGCUCCUCGCUCCAGUUCCCCGCCUGCGACGCGCAGAGCUGCGGUUUCCAGACCUUCGCGAAGCAGCGCGACGAUCGCGUCAACUGUGACUUCGUGCUAAACGAUGAGAUCGACUCAGUCUUCUAUGGCGUGGAUGUAACGGACCUCGUGAUGCCAACUGCGGAUGCGGCCAGCCGGCUGGGCGUCGUCGCGAAGCCAGGUGAGUACCUCAUCAUCACUGGCCACAGCAAAUCCGGGGACAUGAAGUUCCGAGGUGGGUUCUGGGCCGACUGCGGCGCAGCGCUGCCGCCAAAGAGCUUGGAUGAGCUCUGGGACUCCUUCUGCUCAGACACGGAGAUUGAUGAGAUCCACCGGCGCGGUGGUGGGUCAGGCUGGAGGCCUCCCAUGGUGAGGAGCACCGGCCAGGUGGCGUUUCCCAAGACGCUGGGAGACGACGGGAUGAAAUAUUGCGCUUUCCGGGCCGUGCCGGCCAAGAUUUAUCCCAUCUGGACCAGCGCUUGGUGCAAGAGUGCAACAAUCUUUGACAACUGGCCGGGUGGUGCCGGUGAGUACGAGACGGCUUUUGCUUGCAGCUCCGCCUGCUCUCUGGACGAGAGAUGCCGAUUUUUCGGCUACGGGCAGGACUCGCGGGCUUCGUUCCCUCGCUGCGCCUUCUUUGAGACCUGCCGAGAUCGGCGCCCCUAUCCGCAAGGCGACAUCCACGUCUACAAGGCAGAGGAGGUGCGUACGGAGCUGCGUUGCGCCUUUAAGCCCAGUGCGGCUGGCAAGAGGGGCAUCUUCUAUGGAGCGUACAUUCCCCAGGCAGACACCGUUCACAUCACCGUCAGGCCUGGAUCGUACUUGGUCUUCUUUGGCCCAGACCUGGGCCGUUCCUUGGUGUUGAAGUGCCUGGCAGUGGCUUCUCAUGCGCAGCUCAUGCCCAAUUGUCAACUCCCCAGCUUGGUUUUCAACUCGCGCCAGGUGGCUUCUGGGCCGACUGUGGAGCACUAG